UAUUUACAUUGAACAGCGUGUCGGCCUUACGUUUGCUUUCAAAGGUGUUUAAUGUUUAGUGUUUAACUAUUGAUCGAAGUUAACAAUCGUUUGAAGUAAUUUAUAUGGUUUGAUUUAAUCUACAAAACUCACAAUGCCCUCAGACUAUGACGACGACGACGACGAUGACGAAUACAUCAUACACGGGAAAUUGUUGGAUCCCAUACACGAAGAUGAAGUCGUUAAAAGAAAAGAUGCAGAACAACAGUUUGUUAAAGAUGAAAAUGGAAGAAGAAGAUUUCAUGGAGCGUUUACGGGUGGUUUUUCUGCUGGUUUUUAUAAUACUGUUGGUUCGUUAGAAGGUUGGACACCAAGCACAUUUAAAUCUUCAAGAGACUCUAAAUCUACAAUCAAAUCACAAAAUGCUUACGAUUUUAUGGAUGAAGAAGAUAAAAAAGACUUAGGGAUUGAUGCAUCAAGUUUAAAAAUCAAAGCAGAAUAUAGUGAUCAUUCUUCAAGAAAACGUCAACUUCCUAUAGUUAAUACUGGCCCUAUUCCUGGUAAACCUGUACUUGGUGAAAUUCUAAAACCAAUUAAAGAUACGUGGGGUGUCGAAUUACUGAGAAGUAUGGGCUGGAAGCCUGGUCAAGGAGUUGGUCCUCAACUUACACAACGAGAGAAAUUGCGUACUAAAAAAGAAUUGAAAAAUGUUGGGAUGAAAUUUAGUGUUGAUACCAAGUAUGGUGAUGAUGAUGAUGAUGAUGAUGAUGAUGAAGUGAAUGAAUUAUUAAAUAACAUCAAAGUUUCACCUUUUGAAUAUGAAUCUGUACCUAUUAAACCAAAAUUUGAUACUUUUGGACUUGGUUAUGAAGGUCUCAAGGCGACUAAUGUUUCUGUAAAAUCUGAUAACAAAUACAGUAAACUUACUGUUGGAGGAAAAUCUAUUCAUGGACAAGCUUUUGGAGUUGGUGCUUAUGAAGAUGAUGAUGAUGAUAUUUAUGCUGCUGAAGAUAUGUCAAAUUAUGAUUUUAGUUUAGAAGAAAAGUCUCAGAAGUCAAAAAAUAAAUCAAAGCCUAAUAACCUGAAUCCUGAAUGUAUUGAUGGGUUUGUUGAAGAUGAAAGUAAACAUAACUUAUUUGAAGACCUUCCGCCUCCUGUACAAAUUCCUCCUGAAUGGCGUCCUCGUGGAAUGUUUGACCGAAUAUUAGGACAAUGUCCUCCUGAUUUUUAUAGUCAACCUCUUAAUUCUUCUAACAUUUCAUUUACUAAUGUGAAUACUAGACAACGAGAAAUUAAAAAACCAGAACCACCUCCACCUGUUGAACAAUUUAUCAAAAAAGAAGUGCCUAGUUUAUUAUCAGAUAUAAUAUCUGAUCGAUUUACUAGGGCUGAAUUACCAGAUGAUUCUACAAAUGCUUUAAUACCAGUUAUUCGCACUACUGAUCCAACUUUAGAUAGACUAAAAAACUAUGCCAGCAAACAAAUGUAUGGGUUUUGGACUCGUAAAACUGAACCCUGGGUUCCUGAUAAAUUACUUUGCAAAAGAUUUAAUGUUCCUGUGCCUAAACAAUCGAUAGUCAAUUAUACAGAAGAUGGUAAGAAGCAUGGAGAGUGUAGUCUUUUUAAUUCUCUAGAAUUUCCAAUUUCUGAAUCAAUAACUUCUGAGAGCAAAAUUUCAAAUAGUUUACCAUUAGCUAUAAAUAAUGUAACAACAGCUAAUGAUAAAUCGUUGAAGUUACAAGAAAGUAUGACGGAAAUAAUUGCUGAUGAAGUACAAUGCCAGAAACCAAGUGUUGAUUUUUUCAAAGAUAUAUUUUUGGAUGAUAGUGAUGAUGAAACUUUAAUUGUUCAAAAUACAUCCGAAAGUGAAGAGGUAUCUACUUAUUCUAAUGAAAAAGAAUUACAUUCAACCAACAUGCCUAUCAAAAAAGAAAAUGUAGAAUCUAGUGUCCAGAGUUCUACAACAUUCAAUCUUUUUCCUCCCAAAGGAAUUUUUGCCAAUCUUGACUUUGGUGAUUUAUUUGAUACACCAAAUAAAAAUAAUAAAAAUGAAGAUGAAAACAAAAACGAACACAGCAGUAAAAAUCAAACUGAUAAUAUAAAUAGAUCAUAUGGUCCACUCUUACCUGAAAAAUAUAACUUGAAUUCAAGUUUGGUCAAUAUUAAAGUUGAAAAUUCGUUUGUCGAUGAUGAUUGGGUGGAAAAAUCAGAAUCGCCCUCUAAUAUUUCAAAUAAUAAAAAUAAGCACAGUAAACAUAAGAAGCAUAAACAUAAACAUAAGUCAAAAAAGAAAUCUCAUAAACAUAAAUGA